CUGUGCCUCCUUCGCGAACGACGCGCAAGUGCUGUGUUGCUUGCUCGGCCUGCCCAUCAGUCCUUUGCUUCCCUUUGCUCUCCACCCUCCUCUUCUCCCUCCUCCCCACCAUCCCCCCAGCGCUGGUUCGGCUGUCCUCGAUCAAACCUCAAGUCACAGACUCGGCCCGUCUUCGACUCGGAGACGCUGUCGACGCUGCCUCGCUGCCUCCCCACGUUCCUUGCUCUCCCGCGACAAUCGACUAGUCUCCCUUCGGCUUGUCAAGACCGCUCCCUCUCUCGACUCUUCCCCAACAACCGGGAUUCCCACCCUCCGUUGAAAAGCAAAGGCCUGGUCCAUCUCGGUCCAACACACAUUAUUUCCUCGUUACCCUUCCUUUUGCUGCGUGCUAGCAGCGCCUUGCACGGCCGUUUCUCCCUCACGGCGUUCGCUCGUUUUACCUCUUGCUUUUUGCUUUGCUUUGUUUUUCUGUUCUUUGGGGUCGGCCGCGGCACUUGCAACCAGCUUCUUCCAGCGCGCUCACCAUCGCUCCUUCUCACGCUACACCCGGUCCCCUUUCCAUCUCGCGAUUUGGAUGGAUGCUCGAUCGCUCCAUCGCGACAAACUCAUCUGAGCACGCUUACGGCCCAUACACAUACCGACCUUCUUCCCCACCCAGAUUUUGCUCUAGGUUUCCGUACGACGCACCCUCGUGACUUGGGCUCACUAGACGUGGACAAACCUGCCCUGCCUUCUGGCAUAUAUUCUUACCAUUGCGAGGCGAAGAUGAAUCGCUUCCUUACCAAAAAAAAGGCCAAGCGGGUGCAGCCUGAGCCAAAGUUCGAACUCGACCUGUCGAACGCAUUGCCAUCCACCAAUGAACUCCGAACCAGUCUGUUGAUGAGCGGGCUGUCCGCGCGGUUCAGCAUGCUGAGGGAACAGGACGAUCCAAACUCGAUCAUUGGAAAAGCCAGUGACGACAGCGUGCUCGAGCCGAAGCGUCAGUCACGUCUUCACGAAUUCGGCUUCAAGCCAAGCGGCUUGGACGAUAUCGCAGAGGUCGCGUCCAUCAAAAGCUCGAUCCGACCGCCAUUCGCUACCGAACGCAGCAACUCGUACUCGUCAGAGGCUGGGUACAACACCGACGGAGAAACAGAGACCGGAAGCAUCAUGAGCAGAGCGCGACAUGGCGAGGGCAACGUCUUGUUUGGGGGUCGUCAGAAGAUCACGAGAAUAGCCGGCGACGGGAAGGGUCGAACGCUGUACGACGACGACGUGGCAAUGUCUACCUUUCAAAGAUGGCGGGCAGAAGAGCGGCAGAGAGAAAGAGAAGCUGCCAACGCAGCAGGGGACAGGAAGUUCAGCUUUGAGGAUGAAGGAAAAAGCCCUGCGAAGCCUGGAUCGUACCCUACCUCUGUCGCCGGUUCGCUCAAACGUCAGACGUCCACCUCCACAGCCACAUCAGGGCAAGAUUCGCGUUCGUCUACCGCCGCCACCUCGAUAAACUCCCAGGGCACGCCUUCGACGGCAAUGUCACCCCCUACCGGCUUUUCGUCCUUCAACUUCGGCUCUUCCGUCGCCAACGCUGCGUCGACUGCGUCGUCGCCGCAGCCACAAGAUUCGACUCGGCAGCAGCAGCCGCCGCCGCCGCCGCCAACACAGUCUCCGACGCCCGCAUCUACGCCGGCCAUGGAACGCUCGGCGACGAAGAAGAGACUGUAUGACCAAGGUCUAAACCGCGAACUCCAGGACCAGCAGAGCAACGCGUUGAACAGACUUCAGUCGUUCAAUAAACGUCCGGGCGCCAAUGGGCGAACAACGCCGGACCUGUUCCAGCCUCGCAAUGGGUUCCCCGCGGUGGACAAUUCCAUCCGUACAGGUGCACCCGCCCAGCGUUCCGCUAGUCCUACGCCGGUCUCGCCCCUGGAGAAGCUUAAUGCUGCGAACGGGCUGCCAGGCAAAGACGUCAAAAUCGGCCGGUCGAAUACGGGUGCGCGAUCGCCGAUGCCCACGUCGCCGCUUCCCUCGAUCACGCCUCAGGCCAAGGAUGGUUCUCAUCAUGAGGUGUUAUCUUCCGCCCUCAACCCCAACGACCGCGGUAAAGCGACGGCAAUGGGCGUCUUCAACAAGCCGAAGCAGUUCAGCGAGCAGCAGUUCCUUGAACGGCAAAGGACUCUGCGGAUGGGCCGCGAAACGCCAACGCAACGUGAGAACGGCAUCGACGCCAUCGCCGAAUCUCCAAAGGAGGCAGAGGAACCGCAGGUCGACGGAUCGAGCGUGCCGUCCCCACAUUCUGCCGCUCCAACAUCGGUUUCAUCUCCGGCGACGAUCAAGACGUCGACUAAGACUGCACCUCCUCCAGUAGCAGCCCCGGCGGUACCUUCGGUAGCUGGCAGACCCCCACCUCCGUCAGCCUGGGAUCGAUCACGAUCUGUCUCGAACGGACCGUUCAACCGCUCGCGAUCCGCUUCCAACAGCGAUCAAACCGAGACCCCAGUCAGACCUUCGCCAUUUUCAGCUUUUCAAAAGGCUGCCAGCCAGUUGAAAGGAGGGGCCGGUCUUCUGGAUGAGAAGAACGACUCGCCCCAGAUGCCGCCGAAGAACAAGUUCACGUUCAUCGACGAUAGCGAAAGUGAUUACGAGGAUGAGAAGGCCGCCCAUUCCGCCCAGGCGCCGCGCAACGGACGCCUGCCACUGAAUGCGUUGAUUCCCGACAGCGCUCCGCUGGCUCCACCUCCGGUACACGAGCAUCCCGCGUUCCGAAAUUCGCCCCAACCAUCGCGAGAAGAUUUGCGAGUCGACGUACGCAAACCCGCUGUGGAAACAGAGUUUCGCUCGGAGAACAAAUCGCAGCCCGCUGGCGUGGACUCGCCAACGCUGCCAGCAGCCACCAGCAAUGGCCUGAGUGGCAUGAUCCGUCAUCUUCGUAACACCAGCGCAACGUCGACGUAUUCGACCAUGACCAUGCAGACAACCGGGCCAGGGGCCACCUCGAAUUUUCAGACCAGAAACGUCAACUCUCUGCAGAGCGGUUCCAACAGCGCUGGUGCUGUGAACACUGCGCAUUCGAGUUACAGCCAUUCCAAUCCAUGGGACUUGGAAGAUUUCAACGGCGAGUACAGCGUACGGGAUUCGGCUGUAAGUCCAAUCGAGGAUGAGGGCCCCAAAGAUCCGGUCGCUGAGGUGGCUCCGUUGAGGACGGCGCAAAAGCAAGACGGUAGCCAAGAGAGCUCGUGGCAGCAUGAGCUGAGCAAGAAAACGCACACUCGGGGCGGCAGCACGGAGACACAGCACGAACGAGAGGCACUCGCGAAUGAGUUGGCCUUGCGACAGAAGGCCAUUCAGGAAAAGCUAAGAGAGAGGGCCGAGAGCGAUAUGAGGUCAGCAAGUCCUACGGCUGGCAAGUCUCAAGGUCCGUUCAUGGGCAUUCUCCGACAGAAGUCAAGCUUCGACAAUUUCAGAAGCCGCGACAACUCGAGGACCCGAGACGAGUCGCGGCCAAGGGCCCAGUCGAGGUCGCGAGGAGAAUCAAGACCUCGCGGUGAGGACAAGGUGUCGCGUAUUCUCGGCGUAAACGGGUCUUCCACGACUCUGGUGACCGGAGCAUCGCCGUCGAUGACUGGUAUGCACGACCGUCCGUCGUGGGACACUGAUCGCGGCUACCCGCCCCCGCGAUCUGUGCCGAUGCCGAUGCCUCGACCUUCCAAGGAGCUUCAGCAAGGAGGCUACGGAUCGGUGCCAGGUUCGACGCCUGCUUCGAGACCAAGCACUGGCCGCGACAGCAGCGAGGAUAAGGUGCGCUCCAGAUCCAACUCUAACGUGGGCACGCAGCAACGAAGUCGCUCCAACUCGGAGCAGUCCAACGGCCGGUCAAGAAGUCGACAGGGCCGCUACCGCGACGACAUGGCGCAGGCGGGCACGGAAGCUACUAUUCCCGAGCACGUCCCUCCGCAAGGUCCAGCACCGACGCAGCCGAUACCUGAGGUCCCCGAGAGUCCCACGCAGGUAAGAGGACUGCGGGAAUACAAGCCAGUUGACGCCUCCACGUUCGAGCAGAAGGGCCUGUGGCCCCCUCCCCAAAACCCCAUAGUUCACCCCCUUGGCGUUCCGUCUCCGCGACCGUCUCCGGGACUUGCGCCAAACGGGACGUUGUCUCCAGCUCUUAACAUGUCGUCGCCUCGGCCGUCUCCCGGCUUUGCUCCGGGUCUGUCGCCAGGUCUCAACCAGAUGAGCCCCACCAUCUUCGGAUCCGGACGUGCCACGCCGAAUCCUGCCUUUGCGAACCCAACUCCUCCGCUCUCAUCUUCGUCCACGCCCACGGCUUCGUCCUUCUCCGCGAGCACGCCAAAUCUGCUUGCGGGCGCUAGCAUGAAAGCCGCUCGUCAACGAAAGAUGUCGAUCAAGAAGUCGGACAUUGGCGAGCCAGUGCUCAUCUCAACCACCUCAGUCGUCGAUACGAUCGAUCUGCCUGCUGGUGCUUCGCUCAAAAACGGUAUGGAACCGCCGCCGGUACCGCCUAUCAAUCCUCGCAGGAAACGUUUUGCUUUCGGACGUGCAGACACCGAACCGCCAGAGCCUCCAUUCGCUUCGGCUUCGUACGGCUCAGGCUCUCAGUCUUCUGACGAGGCACCCAAGCCACCACGCACUCGUCACAGGCUGAAGAAGUCGUCCUCUGACGGUGCCAAGAUCGGCCUCUACAUCCGAGCACAGCAAGAAGGCUCGGCAGUCAAGUCGACCCCUGCUCUGCAGCAUCUGCAGUCCUCACCUCCUCGCAUGCAAAAUGGCAUGUUCUAGGUCGAAUCACCGUCUGCUUCCUACCGUACUCAUUCACCUCCAAGCCGGCGGCUGUACGGCUCUGACCUACGCCGCAACAAAGUGUACAAAUAAAGAAGAGUUUCUAUUCUAAGCGUCGUGCUUCGGCGCACGCGUGUCAAAGGACGGGUAGAAUCCGCGAAGGAUUCCUUCUCUUGACGCAUGACACCAAUCUUUGCGGCAUGUUCGCUUAUCUCGUUGUGCCCUAUGAGGUGGGCAGCUUCUUACUGAAACAGGACAUAUUUUGCUUCUUUUAGGUCAUCGCCGUGAUUAGUCCACACUAUGGGUUGACUGCAGGCGGGCUUCUGUAUAAUCUGUAGUGGCUGGUCACCGACGACGUUGACCGCGAAAUUAGGUUUUUUUUUUCCAUAUCGUCUUUUCUGGUCAUGUUUCAUGGGUUAUGGAAUGUCAAACGGGCACACUACACGGUAGCAACAGAGUAGAGCGGUUGCUCUCGCGAAUGGGAUAAGGAAUAUUACGGCCGUGCACUCGUUAGUGUCUAUCGUCUCUUGUAUUUAGUUUUGAUUCCGACUUCCGGAGGAGCUUGGUUCUCCUCUUUCUACCCGAUCUGGCCUGGAACGAGAGAGAGAGAGAGAGAGAGGAUCAUCGGCUGAGAGGGAAAUAGGAAGUAGCAUCGGGGAGAUAUGGUUCACGAAGAAUGUUGUCAUCCUGGCUGACCGGAAGCUCGACCUUUGCGGAGUACUGUGGACUGAAAGGAGCUUUGUACAGAGGAAUUCAAGCAAUUGACCAACGAGAGGAC